AUGCUGGAUAUGAGCAGGCGAAACAUGCUACUGGGCACCUUGGUCACUCUUUGCCUUCUUUCAGUCUCACAGGCUAGAACGUUCGAUGUGGAGUGCCCAGCAGACCCCUAUCUGAGCCCCUCCACCGACAUUUGCAAUCCUUUGCGAUAUAUACCAAACCGGGCUAUCAACAUAGCAGCAGCAGUCCUGUACUUUGUGGUGGCUGCCGUGUUGACCUUCCAUUCAUUCCGUCGGAAAGCCAAUUACUUUUUGGCUCUGGUCAUAGGAUGUUGGUGUGAAGGUAUAGGACUGGUUUUGCGAGUAGCCUUCAGGUCGAACCCCCACAGUACUGGUCUCUACAUCGUCUGCUAUCUCUUUGUCGUUCUCUCCCCGUGCGCCUUUUUGGCAGGCGACUACAUCCUCAUGGGUCGGCUAGUAUCUUACCUUGACGCGCAUGAGCGACUGCGCCCACUCCGGGCCGCAAAGGUGUCAUGGAUUUUCAUCAUAUCAGAUGUCGUCACUUUCCUCAUUCAAGCCGCUGGUGGCGGUCUGUCCACUGCCAAGGAUAUCGACGUUGCCGAGACGGGCGGACACAUUUUUCUGGCCGGUAUUGCUAUCCAGAUGGCCUCCUUCUUGUUCUUCUCCAUUACUUGGGUCAUAUUCGGUGUCAGAACAUGGAAAGAAGACAAAGCACUCUGGAACCGUGAAGGGUGGAAGCCUCUCUUCUGGGCUCUGGGCUUUACGUGUAUCUGCUUCCUUAUCCGAAGCAUCUACCGUACCAUUGAGUUGAGUCAAGGAUAUAUCGGCUACAUUGCCGUGCAUGAGAGAUACUAUCUCGGUCUCGACUGUCUUCCCCUGCUCCUGGGAGUAGCCACCUACAUGUACUUCUGGCCUGGAAAGUACUUGACUUUCGGGCCCAAGCCAAAGAAGGUAAAGAAGGAAAAGAAGGGGAAAAAGAGCGAUGUGGAGCAGCAGUUGGAGGAGGAAGUGCCGAUGGGCCAGGUUGGAGAGGGCGCGCUUGAGUCUAGGGGUGUUGGACGAAUAGAUAGGGCUGGGGAGAAGUAUUGA